CCCCCAUUCUGUUCCCCACCCAGAGCACCUGCUUUAUAUUUUUGAAACCAAUUUGAACCAGAAUCGCUGACAAUUUGUCUUUUGUGCAACUUUGAGAUAAUUUUGCAAAAUGGUCGCCGAACUGAUUCUGAACAAGUAAAAACUCAGGAGCAAUAUAUUGCGAGAAAAGAAAGAAAUGGACAAUCCGGAGCACGGGGAGUUUCCCGUGGGCACGACGCAUUUGUCAACACAAGUGGCAGGCCACUCGUGCGACAACAAGAAUUACAGUUUUGGUCUGCUGGUGAAAAGCGGGCGGUACGUGCUGAAGCCGGUGGAAAAGGAGCAGCACGGCAAGAUGGAAAUCGACUUUUACCGAAAAGUGAGCUCGUCGAACGAGCCCGUCCUCCUCGAGUUGAAGUCGCUUGUGCCCGAGUUCUACGGCACCGAAAUCCUCACGUGGAACGACUCCAGGGUCAACUACAUUGUGCUGAGCAAUGUGACCCACGGCAUGGUGCAGCCCUGCGUCAUGGACAUCAAGAUCGGCAGGCAGACGUGGGACCCUGAGGCCAGCGAGUCCAAAAAGCAGAAAGAAUUGGAAAAGUAUUCGCUGUUGAAGCAGAGCUACGGAUUCUGCAUUCCGGGCUUCCAAGUUUACGAUGCAACCUCAGGCGAGUUUAAAAAGUUUGGGAAAGACUACGGGAAGAGCCUGGCACCUGACGGAGUUAUUACAGCUUUCAAGACGUUUUUUAAUUUGUCUCACGAGCGAGGGAAAGAAACGCUUUUGCACAUCCUGGAAAGACUGAAGAAAAUCGUCAAGUGGUUCGAGGAGCAGCGACACUUCCACUUCUACUCGAGUUCGAUCCUGAUCGCGUACGACGCCAAGGCCCUUUCGACCUUUCCGCUCGCCACCGUCAACAUGAUAGACUUUGCCCACGUGUUCCCCGCCCAGGGUCAGCCGGACGCCAACUACGUGGCCGGCGCACAGACCCUGGUGCAGGUGUUGCAGGACGUCGCCGACUCCUGCUGAUUCCCACGAAAUUCAUUCCUGUAUUCUUUACAAAUGGAAAAACAAAGUAUUUUUAAAGCGCAAGCCAAAUAUAUAUAUUGAGAAAAGGGAAAAAGAUGUUUUCGU